AUGGCCGCUAUCGUCAGAUGCCCAGAGCACGCCUUGAAAAGGGUCGGAAGGCCGCGAAAUCACGGUUCGAACUGGUCUCGAUCAAAGCAUAGAUUCGGCUCGGAUCGUCGGCCGAGAUCCCCAGGCCGAUCUUGCCCCAAGGUGGCUUGGAAGGCCGCUGCCCUCGAGCCUUUGCCAGUUGUCGCCGCCGUCGGUGCUCUUCCACAGACCACUCUGGGGUCCGCCGCUCUGCCGGCCCCAGGGCCACAUCACCAUCUGCCAGGUACCGGCGAAGAGCACCCGCGGGUUGGUCGGAUCGAUUACCAGGUCCGAGGCGCCGGCUUCGGUGCCAGCGUGGAGCACCCGUUGCCAGGUCUCACCACCGUCGCGGGUCUUGAAGAUUCCGCGCUCUUCUUGGGGGCCGUAGCAAUGGCCCAUAGCAGCGACCCAGACCGUGUCGGGGUCCUUAGGAUGGACGACGAUCCGGCCGAUCCGGCCGGUUUGGUCGAGUCCGCGGUGUUGCCAGCUUUCGCCACCGUCAGUGGACCGGUAGAUCCCAUUGCCGAUCGAGAUGUUAGAGCGAAUGAAGGUCUCGCCGGUGCCGGCCCAGACCACGUUGCGAUCCGACGGCGCCACCGCCAGUGCACCGAUCGACGAGGCCGGUUGGUCGUCGAAGGUCGGCCGCCAGUUGGUGCCGCCGUCGUCGGUCUUCCAAACUCCGCCGAGGCCGCGCCGGCAAAGUUUGAGCUCGAGCUGGCAUGUUUUCCCCUGAGUGGCGACUGGCGUCGGGCCGACUGGCGUCGGGCCAGCCGAAGCGGGAAUCAUAGCCUGCCGCCGAAGUCGCUUCGCCGAGGGGUCGCUUGGUGGCUGCUAGAGUCCAACGUCAAACUUGGAACUUCGCUUCGGGGAGACCCUUUGAGCUCUACCAGCCAGUAUCAGCUACCCAUCCGUCCGCGCCGCAACCGCCGUAAUGCGGCGGUGCGAGAUCUAGUCCGCGAGACUGUCUUGGAACCCAGUGAUCUGAUCUUGCCGCUGUUCUUGAUCGAAGGCGACAAGUGUCGUCAGCCGGUGCUCUCGAUGCCGGGGUAUCGGCUGAGCAGCGACUUGUUGGUCGAGGAAGCUGCCGCUGCCCAUCACCGUGGAAUACCGGCGGUCGCUCUGUUUCCAGCUCUCGGCGACGAGUCAAAAGAUCGGCUAGCCAGUGAGUCGACCAACCCAGACGGGCUGCUACAGCGCACCGUGCAACGGCUGAAGGAGGCGCUACCCGAGCUGCUGGUGAUCACCGAUGUGGCGAUGGAUCCCUACUCCAGUGAUGGCCACGAUGGCCUGGUGGCCGAGGACGGCCGGAUCCUCAACGAUCCGACGCUCGACAUCCUCGCCGCGAUGGCGGUGUCCCAGGCCGAGGCCGGUGCCGACCUUGUGGCGCCCUCGGACAUGAUGGACGGUCGGGUAGGCGCGAUCCGCCGAGCGCUCGACGGCGCUGGUCACCAAGAGGUCGGCAUCCUGGCCUACUCGGCCAAAUACGCCAGCGCGUUCUACGGCCCGUUCCGCGAUGCGCUCGAUUCGGCGCCCCGGCACGGCGACAAGAAGACCUACCAAAUGGACCCGGCCAACGUCCGCGAAGCCUUACGCGAGGUUCGGCUAGACGUCGAGGAAGGCGCCGACAUAGUCAUGGUCAAACCGGCGAUGCCCUACCUCGACGUGGUCCGAGCGGUGCGCGAAGCGGUCGAAGUACCGGUCGCCGCGUACCAGGUCAGUGGCGAAUACGCCAUGAUCCAAGCCGCUGCCGAACGCGAUUGGCUCGAUGGCGACGCGGUGAUGCUCGAAAGCCUCACCGCCAUUCGCCGCGCCGGCGCCGACAUGGUCUUGACCUAUUUCGCCAAGCGGGCAGCAGAGGCGCUGGGUCGAUAG